AUGGUGGACUCAGUGCUGUCCCAUGGUGCUGAGGUGUGGGGCGUGCAGCUGGCGGCCAAAGCGGCGUGCUGCCAUCGUGGCAGUGCCGGCAGCGCGGCCGAGAAGCUGCAGCUCAGCUACCUACGCCACCUGCUGGGGGUCCGGCAGAGCACCCCCAAUGCGGCCCUCCUUGCGGAGACUGGCGAGCGCGCUGGCUGCGGCGGGCAGCCAAACUCUGGAACAAGACGCUGGAGGAGUGUCCCGGCAGCCUGUUGCAGCAAGCGUUGUUGUCCAGCGUGCAGCUCGCAGAUGGCGCCCACCCCCUGGCACAGCAGUCCUGGGCUGCCCAGCUGGGCGGCCGGUCUCGCAGCGGUCGGCAUGCAGCUGGACCUGCAGCAGCCAGCACCUGUUGACCUCGGCGAGCUGGGGGAAGCUGCGCAGCGCCGCCAGCUGGCGCAGCUCCAGGAGGCGCUGGCGAAGGGCGGCGCCAGCCGGCUGGAGCACUAUGUGCACAACGUGGUGGGCGCCCUCAACCUGGCGCCCGCCAUGUUUGGGCAGCGCGAGACCUACCUGGAUGCAGUACGGCGUCGGCAGGACCGCGAGGCGCUGGCGCAGCUGCGCACCGGGUCGCAUUGGGGCGCGGAAGAGACCGGCCGCUGGACGCGGCGCCCCCGAGAGCAGCGAGUCUGCCCCCACUGCCACGACGGCAUUGAAGAUGCCCCCCACAUGCUGCUCACCUGCCCCCUUUACGCCCCGCUGCGCCUCAACUUUCCUGACCUGUUUGCUGAGCCCCAUCCUCCCCACCGCUUCCUCCGCCAGAAACCGUGCCGCCUCGCCGCCUUUGCUGCCGCCUGUCACCAGCGCUGGCUGACCGCCACCGUUGCGCUGCCUGCAGUCCCGCCCUGA